AUGGCAACGACAUCACGGUGUAGAGUUCUCCUUCGAAUAGUUAAGAAGGAGCCACACAUUUUGCCCAUUUACAUAAUAAGGAGGAAAUAUGUCUCGCAUGACACACUGGCUGGUAUCUCCUGGAUGAGUCACAGCAGAAUUACAAAGACGAUUGAACGUGUGUCCAAUGAAGGCCCAUAUGAUAGGAUCACUUGGGAUAAGCUAAGCGAAAGAGCAAACAAUAUAAGUGAUACGUUUGACACAAAGGAAAUGGGAAGAAUACUCCAUGCAUAUGCGAAAGUGAAUUAUCGUGAUGUAAAAAUGAUUUUAAAAUUCAGUGAAAAAAUAAAAAAAGGACAUGUACAUAAAAUGGACAUGCUAGCUUGUGCCCAUAUUUGUCAUUCAUUAAAUGUGUUAAAUUAUUUCGACAAAAAAUUAUUUGAGUUGAUUUUAACUCAAUUCAUGAAGUUACCAAUUGGAGAAAAUUCUAAUUCCUUUCCUCUUAUUGUCACCUUGAAUGCCUUUUCCAAGCAUUGUAACGAUUACUCAUUUCGUGAAAUGACACUGAAGCUUCUCCUUUUUGUGCUGAACUCUUUUUCGAAGUGUAGGAAGUCCUUCACGCCACAGGGACUGGCCAUGCUACUUAAUUGCUUCUCGCAAGUGACCAAACCAACUCCUCAUUUUUUGCAAGUCUCAAAUGUUAAGCUAGAUAGGAUUAACAUAGAGGGGGAUUUGAAAGGGGACGAUAUUGAGUACCCCUCUGGACACCACCGCGGGGAUGUACUUACGCUACUGCAUCGCGGCGGGGCAGGAGCAACUAACGAAGACGCUUCAACCCCUGAGAGGAAAAAUACGAGAACGGAAGAAACAAGUCCACGUUUAACUACCGUAACGCAGUUGAGGAAGUAUCAGAAGCAGCGGGACAAAAACGACAUCGAGGGAGAUAUGAAUAACUGUGCGUAUCACCAGAGUGUGCUGGACGAAGUGGACAACGAGAUGCUCAUCCGGGAGGCAGGCUUCCCUAGAUGGGACCGAGAUGAUACCACUACGAAAUGUGAUAAUGAAAGAGGGGAAGUCACUCAAGGGAGUCAUAAUAACGUUGUAGGAAUGCCAUCCAGCGGUGGAAAACAUGCACAUUGCGAACGAAAUGAAGUGGGUGGAGCUACGCGAGAGAGAAGCAAACAAACAGAAGAGUUGAGGAACAUGUUCCUUGCAGUACUUUUGGAGAUUACAAAGGACGUGCACAAAAUGAACACCCAAUCGCUCUCCCUCAUAAUUAAUGCCUGUUGUAGAAUAUGGUUUGAUGUCCCUAAAGAGUUUUUAAAAAUAAUUUUUGAAGAAACCAUUAAGAAGAUCAAGCUAGCUACCAUUAGACAUCUGGCCCUAAUCAUUAAUGGGUUCAUCAAGUUAGGAGUCCCCGAGCCGGAUUACCUCUCGGCUGUUUUUUCUGAAAUUGAGAAGAAGGUCCAUUUGUGCGAUGAGCAUCAGCUCAGUUUUAUCCUGAGCGGCAUGGUUAAAUUAGGUUGGGGGCGCGGGGCCGCUUUCACUAGGGUGCCUCCCACCGGUGGGCAAACGUCACCGAGCAAACACCUCUUAGAUAGCCUAAACGCAAAGUUCAUCCUCAUGGCCAGACGAAUGAAUAUAUCUACCCUCUGCAAUAUCCUUUACUGCUACACCAAACUUGGAAUUGACCACGAGGACGUGUAUCAGAUGUUUCAAAUAUAUUUUACUAAACAGGUUGAGCAAGCCACUCUCCACCAUCUAGCCUUAGCAGCCUAUGUCGUUUCGAAGAGGAAAAUUAAAAACGACACAACUAGCAUCAUAUUGAACAAAAGCGAGAGUCUCUUGGAGAAAAUGGAAACCCCCCAUGAUAUGCCCACCACCAAAUGUUUGCUCAUGUUGGUCAAUAGCUUUAGCGAGCUGGGCAUUUACUCACCUGUCUUCUGUUCCCAUCUGCGCUCUGUUUUUCGGGGCCUGCGCAGCGAAGCGCAGUGUAGUCAUACUGUUGGCGGUGGCGAAGCGGACGGGCCACGUCCAAAAUGGACGGACAGUGAGGCGCACUCGGAAGACACCCCACUUAAUGUGAAGCUCGUUAGUAACAAAGGGAUUUACUUAUCGCGUAAGGCCAUCUCCCUCUAUGCUGGUGCUCAUUAA